AUGGCAAAUUCAAGUAUUCAAAACAAUAAUUUGGAAGUUCUACUGAAUCAAAAUCAAGAAAAAAUAAUUCCUGCCAUUUUGGCAAUAGCAACCGCUCGACCAGAACCACCUUCAGGCUACAACUACCCGGCACCCUCUGGUCCACUUUUAACUCUACCAAGCCCAGGUCCGAGUAUCGGAGGCUCCCAUGGAAUAUCCGACAUCAACCAAAUCAGCCUAACAACCUCAGGUGGUGGCAGUAGUUGUAAUCAUUGCUCCGGAGGCAGUUACGGCGGCUCGGGCGGUUUCACUGCUAGCACCUCAUUCGGUUCCGGAGGAUUGACCUCUGGAGGAAGCAGUCUUGGUUCGUUUGGAUCGGGAUUAGGCAGCAGUCAUAGUUCAUUUGGUUCAGGAUUAGUAUCCGGAGGCAGCAGUCAUAGCUCCUUUGGUUCUGGAUUAGUAUCCGGAGGCAGCAGUCAUAGCUCCUUCGGUUCUGGAUUAGUAUCCGGAGGCAGCAGUCAUGGUUCAUUCGGAUCGGGAUUAGGAAGUAGUCAUGGUUCAUUUGGAUCAGGAUUAGGAAGCAGUCACGGACUAAUUUCUGGUGGAUCCAGCUUCAGUUCAUUCUCUGGCGGCUCUGCGUCCUUAGGAGGUGGUCCUCUAGUGCAAAAGCACAUUUACGUUCACGUACCACCGCCAGAACCUGAAGAUUUGAGACCGCAACGCAUCGUUCCAGUGGCUCCCGCUCAAAAACACUAUAAAAUUAUCUUUAUCAAGGCGCCAUCUGCUCCUGCGCCUUCUCUCCCAGCUAUUCCGCUACAGCCUCAGCACGAAGAAAAGACUUUGGUUUAUGUUUUAGUGAAGAAACCUGAAGAAGCUGCAGAGCUUAACAUUCCAGCUCCAAUUCCUACACAACCAAGCAAACCAGAAGUUUACUUUAUCCGUUACAAGACCCAAAAAGAACACGGUGGUGCCUCAUUAUCUGGAGGUUCUUCCAGUUUCUCAAGCAGUUCAUUGGGAGGCCUUGACGCAUCUCUAGGAGGUGGUUCGUUGUCACUUGGUGGUGGUUCAGGAAGCAUCAGCGGUGGUGGAUUGGGUUCCUUCUCUUCUUCGUCAUCGUCUCAUGGAUCGAGCAGCAGCUCCUUCAUUUCGGGUGGAUCCAGUGGAGGUUUGAGCACCUCUUAUGGACCACCAGGACAUGUUCCCGGGCCCUACUAG